CCACCACCUCCACUGCUCUUUCUUUCUUCCAGUGUGUACCAGCUGCAGGGACCGGCGCUAACUAGCAUUCGGCGGAAAAAAGUGUCGUGCGCGAAGGCUGGCGAUUGAGCGCAUGUGAGUAUCUUCGCUGCAAAAAGGCCACGGCAAAGAGCGCAUCAUCAUGGCUGGCGAUGAACACAGAGCCAAGCGACAGCGUACCGACCACAACGACGACAACGAGCACUUCGCCGCACAACCCCAGCAUUUCCGCCGCCCGCACGACAAGCUCAAAGAUUCGCAUCGACCCUCUUCGCAGUCCCGAGAUCGAGGCUCUGCAACACCGCGCAACUAUCGUGAUGGCACGCCCUCGCAGCCCCACCAAGCCGAGUUUGAUGGGCCCGAAGCAGGCGUCAACGACGAUGAUGCGGCCGCCUUAGAUCGCGAUUGGUACAAUUACGGCGAGGAUGGCGCUGUGCUGGGUGACGAAACCCACAAUCCCUUCGGCGGGAACGAGGACACAACAUGGGCAGACCAGGAGCGGGAGCGGGAGCUGUUGGAGAAGAAAAUGGCUGUGCGAAGUCGCGUGAACCCCAAGUUCUUGCAGAGACAAAAGGACAAUGAUGCGUGGGAAGCGAAUCGCAUGCUGGCCUCGAGUGUCGCCCAAACGCGGGACAAUUUCAACAGUUUGGAUGAUGAAAACGAGGAAACGAGAGUGCACUUGUUGGUGCACGAUCUGAAGCCACCCUUCCUGGACGGAAAGACUGUCUUCACCAAGCAGCUGGAGCCGAUCAGUGCUGUAAAGGAUCCGCAAAGUGAUAUGGCUGUCUUUGCGAAGAAGGGCAGCAAAGUUGUGAGGGAGAGGAGGCAGCAGAAAGAACGGCAAAAGCAGGCGCAGGAAGCAACGAGUGCCGCCGGGACGACACUUGGCAAUGUCACGGGAGUGAAGGAAGAAGACACCGAUUCGGCCGCUCCUGCUCUCGGCGAGGGUGAGGAAGACGGCAAGAGUAAAGGCAGCAAGUUUGCAGAGCACAUGAAGAAGCAGGACGCUGGUCAGUCGGAUUUCUCAAGGACAAAAUCGUUGCGUGAGCAGAGAGAGUACCUGCCCGCGUUUGCCGUACGAGAAGAUCUACUACGCGUCAUUCGAGACAACCAGGUCAUCAUUGUGGUCGGACAGACGGGAUCGGGAAAGACGACGCAGUUGACCCAAUUCCUGUACGAGGAUGGCUAUGCCAAGAGCGGCAUGAUUGGAUGCACCCAGCCCAGACGUGUGGCUGCCAUGUCAGUGGCAAAGCGUGUCAGUGAGGAGAUGGAGGUGCCGCUGGGAGGCACUGUGGGUUACGCCAUUCGAUUCGAAGAUUGCACGAGUAAAGAUACGAUGAUCAAGUACAUGACUGAUGGUGUUUUGCUGAGAGAAUCGCUCACGAAUCCUGAUCUCGAUCAGUAUAGCUGUAUCAUCAUGGACGAAGCUCACGAACGUGCCCUAAAUACGGAUGUGCUCAUGGGGCUGAUCAAGAAAGUACUCGCGCGACGGCGAGAUUUGAAGCUGAUCGUCACUUCUGCCACCAUGAACGCCGAACGCUUCUCGCGAUUUUACGGUGGUGCACCGGAAUUCUUCAUUCCCGGACGAACAUUCCCAGUCGACAUCCAGUACUCACGGUCGCCUUGCGAAGACUAUGUCGACAGUGCCGUGCGACAGGUUCUCGCCAUCCACGUCAGUCAAGGCCAGGGAGACAUUCUCGUUUUCAUGACGGGUCAGGAGGAUAUUGAAGUUACAUGCGAGCUGGUCGCAGAACGUCUUGCUCAGCUGAACGACCCUCCCAAAUUGAGCAUUCUGCCCAUCUAUUCGCAGAUGCCUGCGGACUUGCAAGCCAAGAUCUUCGACAGAGCUCCGCCAGGAGUGCGCAAGGUCAUCGUUGCCACAAACAUCGCAGAAACUUCACUUACAGUGGAUGGAAUCAUGUAUGUCGUGGAUUGUGGCUUCAGCAAGCUUAAGGUCUACAACCCUCGUAUGGGCAUGGACACUCUGCAGAUCACACCUGUCAGUCAGGCAAAUGCUUCGCAGCGUGCCGGUCGCGCUGGAAGAACUGGACCCGGACGAGCAUUCCACCUCUAUACUGAGCGUGCCUUCAAGGAAGAACUGUACGUGGCAACGAUACCUGAGAUCCAGCGAACGAAUCUGGCCAACACUGUUCUACUCCUCAAAUCACUUGGGGUCAAAGAUUUGCUAGACUUCGACUUCAUGGACCCGCCUCCUCAAGACACCAUAACGACUUCUCUUUUCGAUCUUUGGGCACUAGGCGCACUAACAAACCUGGGCGAGCUCACCGAACUCGGUCGCCUCAUGACAUCCUUCCCCAUGGACCCAUCCCUUGCCAAACUCGUCAUCACCUCAUCAACCACAUACAACUGCGCCGAAGAAAUGAUCACCAUCGUCUCGAUGCUCUCCGUCCCAUCCGUCUUCUACCGCCCCAAAGAACGCCUCGAAGAAGCCGACGCCGCGCGAGAAAAAUUCUUCGUCCACGACUCCGACCACCUCACCCUCCUCACCGUCUACCAACAGUGGGUCUUCAACGGCCGCAAAGACGGCUGGUGUGUCAAACACUUCCUCCACCCAAAAGCCCUACGUCGAGCCGAAGAAAUCAAACAGCAAAUCACCGAUAUCAUGAAAUCCUCCAAAAUGGACAUCUCAACUUGCGGUUACGAUCUCGAUGUCGUGAGAGAGUGUAUUUGCUCUGGAUACUACCACCAAGCCGCCAAACGCAAAGGUCUGGGCGAAUACGUCAAUCUCCGAACGAGCGUCACCAUGAAUUUACAUCCCACCUCCGCGUUGUAUAAUUCUGGUGACCCGCCAGACUAUGUCGUGUACCAUGAACUUAUUCUUACGAGCAAGGAGUACAUGUCUGUCGCGACGGCGGUCGAUGCGCAUUGGUUGGCGGACUUGGGUGGAGUGUUUUAUUCGGUGAAGGAGAAGGGGUAUAGUAGUGGGAAGGGAAGGAGGGAAAUUGAAUAUAGUAAGAAGGCGGAGUUGGAGUUGCAAAUUGAGGUUGAUCGGAGGAGGGCGAAGGAGGAGGAGGAGGAGAGGGAGAGGAGUGUUGCGGCGGGGAAGAAGAAUGGUGUGGGAAGUGGGAAUGGAGUUGUUGGGAAGAGUGCGGUGAAGAAACCGGGGACGAAGGGGAGUAGUGUUGUGAAGGGGGUUAUUGGGAGGAGGAGGUGAUGAUCUGGAAGUGGAUAUCUUGGCAUGGAACAUGCUUUGGCAUUGAGAUGUGCUGUAUUUGAACCGGAUGUUCUCGCGAAGCUGGUGCCUCUCCUACGGCAGACACCGUCAGUCCCCAUAACCUUCCUGCGGAUCUACAGCUGUAGCUACCAAAUCUGACAUUCCGCUUCGAUGGGUCCGGCGCUACCCUUAUCAUGGCUCUGAGUUACCUUCCUCCUCCGUGCAGAGACGCCCUUGACGCCCUUGAG